GGCAGGAAACCAAGAGAAUAAUUACGGAUCCUGGAUGAGAACAUUUCCUCCUGAGUCUGGAUAUCUGCUGGGUUACUGCACCAGGCCUUUACUUCAGCAGCUGGACAUAUGAACCAUGCUAAGGAUAUGCAAAUACAAGAGUUUCAAGUGUGUGUGGGGUCUGAGCGCCUUGCUCCUUACCCUUGUUCAUGGAAACAGCCAACAGUUCCAGGAAAGGAAGCCCUGCCAGCCAGGUUUCUACUGUCCUUUAGGGAGCUUCACUCCAGUCCCCUGUCCUAAGGGAACCUACGGACCAACUGCUGGUGCUGUGUCCAUAGACAGCUGUCUGAAGUGUCCUCCUCACCACUACUGCCCCAGACCAGGCCUGUCUGCCUACCUGCCCUGUGGCCCUGCGGCUCAGCAGCCUCUGUCUGGGCAGGACUCCUGCGUCUGCCCGGGAGAGGGACAGAGCUUCCAGUCCAGCGAUGGGCGAUGCCACUGUACCAUCGGCUACCAGCCUUCCAAGAACGGAGAUGUGUGUGAACACAAACUGUACGAUGUCUGCAGAGACGGAAAGACACGUACACAGCAUGGAGACUGUCUGGACGGAUAUCAGUGGUUACUUCACUGUCAGCAGCAGGUGUGUCAAUCUGCAGAAGACUACCGCGGUUAUGAUGGAGAGCUGGGUCUCUGCGUUUGCAGAGAGCCUCCCGGAAGAGCUGCGUGUGGGGGCCUAUGCAGGACAAGGCCGGCUACUGAGCUGAGGCUCCAGUGUCAGUCGGAUGGAGAAAUGGAGCUGGUGUGGAGCUCUGACAGUCAGGUGUCUGGCAUCUCAGGCAGCACGCUGGAGACGGUGUUCAUACAGUGGGACUCCCGGGGGACUCUUCAGUGCGACAGCCACCUCGACUCCUCACAUCCUGUCUACGUUGUUCAGACAACAGGCUUCCUCGGCCUCCUCGGCGGACUCCCAGAGGAGCUUCGGCGAAUGUUCCCUGUCACCAAACAGAGCUCAGCUGGUUUGACACAACAAAACAAGAGCGAUUCUGACCCCCUGUGGGAGCUCAACGAAGUAGAAAACAUGAGUGAGGGAAGUGGAGCGAUGAUCUCCAGCAGCAGGAGGGGAGACAAGGGAGACACAGCAACUGUAACUGGAGUUGUGAACCCCACAGUGUGUCUCCACUUGGGUGAAGUUAUACUGUUCACUGUCAACACACGUCACUAUCCUCAGUACGAUCUUGACAACUUGUACAACACAAACAGGGACUUUGACUGGGGUGCAUUCAGGCAGCUAAAAGAGGAGCUAACUCUGUCUUGGACUCCUCCCAGCUUCUUUUCGGUGGUCUUUAGCCAGCCCGGAGUGUACGUUUUCUCUCUGAGCAGCAAUCAGCACAAACAUUUGUAUGUGCGGGUGAUGCCUGCGGGUGGCCAGUGUUAUGAGCCCGCUGCCUUCUACCCCACCAUACCUCGUCAGUUGACCAGGGUGGGAAUCAGUCGGAGACGCAACCUGUUACUGAGGCCGGAUUGGCUGGUGACCGGGGGACUGCUGUUUGGAGCUGUGGUCAUCCUCUGCUUAUGUGUCAUACUACUGAUUCUGUUCCGUGAAUAUGGAUGGCCCGAGAAGGAGCCAAUCAGAGCACGUUACCGUCUGCUGCAGCUUGCCUACCACAUGGACGACUACUCAUCUAAAGUGGUCUGUGCAGACACCUUGGAGGAGUUCUGGGAUUAUGAACACCAGGUGGAUCUGGAGGCAUUCAGCAGCAAUACCUUCUACAGCCUGCUGCUCAAGCAGAGUCUGUCUGUAACCACACGGCUGGGACAACUCACCACAGAGGUCUGUAUAAAGAGUGUGUAA